UGUUCGGAGAUGACGGGCGAACACAACGAAACGUCGCCGAUCGUGCAGACGACGCAUGGAAAAGUGCAAGGAACUUUGCUUAAAUCGCUGUACGACGAACAAUUCUACGCUUUUGAUGGCAUUCCAUAUGCUGUUCCACCGCUGGGAACUUUGCGCUUUAAGGAGCCACACGAUCUGAAGCCCUGGCGUGGAAUUAGAGACUGCUCAAAGCCGUUAAGCAGGUGCCUGCAAGUGAGCUCCCUAACCAAGUUGGUUGAGGGAUCGGAGGAUUGCCUUUACUUGAAUAUAUCAGUUAAAAAUCUAACUGGUGAGGCUAAGCCUGUAAUGGUCUAUAUCCAUGGAGGGGGUUUCAAGGGCGGUGAUUCCUCAAGACGAGCAUGGGGUCCUGACUAUUUCAUGAAGGAAAACGUUGUGUACAUAAGUAUAGGCCACCGGUUAGGUCCCUUGGGCUUUCUCAGUUUUAAGGAUCCGACGCUGAUUCCUGGGAAUGCUGGUCUAAAGGACAUCAUCCUGGCCCUCAAAUGGAUCAAGGCGAAUGCAGCCAACUUCAAUGGAGACCCGAACAGAAUUACUAUCUUCGGUCACAGUUCUGGCAGCAUGACUGUUCAACUGCUGUUAGCCACUCCUCAAACAGAAGGCCUUUUCCACAAGGCCAUCCUCAUGGCAGGAUACUCAAUGGAGCUCAAUAGUCUGCCCCAAAUAGAAUUCCGCCUGGCCAAACACUUGGGAUACGAAGGGGAAAAUGUGGAUAGAGAGGUUUUCGAGUUUCUCUCAAGGGUAGAUCCACAUUUGCUGGUCUCCGCGGACUUCUUCACUCCAGCGGAGAAGAAACUAGGUCAUUUUAUGGCCUUCAGACCAAUCAUAGAGAGGUAUGCCACGCCCAAUGCUGUUCUCCAAGCGGAACCCAUUGACCUCCAGCAAACUUCUUGGAGCAACCGCAUCCCCAUCAUCUUGGGAGCCAAUAGUGGCGAGGGAAUAAGUCCUAUCAACGCCAUGAAGAUGAACCCAAAAUGGCUAAAGGGGUUCCAGCAAAACCCGGAGAUCGCGUUGCCUUGGACUUUGAGGAAUCGCUGUGAUCCCGGCCAGCGACGUCUUUUGGGUCAGUCACUGAUCCACCACUUCUGCCAGGCUCGUGGCCUUGAGUUGACUGAAGGUCACCAACCCGCAUUAGAGGACCUUUUCACCCACAGCAUGGUGCACUCGAUGGACCGGAUCAUUCAAUCCAGAUUGAAGUACGCCCAGGCACCCACUUAUCUCUACCGCUUCGAUUUCGACUCGCCGGACUUCAACUUUUACCGGAUUCGAUUUAUGGGGAAAGAACUUCGAGGAGUCGGCCAUGUGGACGAGUUGGGAUACAUUUUCGUGCUUCCAGCGACCUUUAAGUUGGAGCAAUCUCGACCAGAGUUCGCCGCCAUCUGCAGAAUGGUGGCCAUGUUCGUGCAGUUUGCCGCCUCCUCGGAUCCCAAUGCUCCUCUCACUAAACCUCUGGUGGAGUGGAAGCCGGUCACUCGGUUUGGAAAAAGAAUGGUUCUCAACAUCAGCGAGGAACUAAAGUUUAUUCCCCAGCCAGAGAUGCCGAAGCUUAAGUUCUUCGACCGGCUUUACGAAACGGCUGGAGUGCCUUUAUUUUAA